AUGCGCAACCCUUCUGACCUCAGAGAUCCAUUCUCUGAAGAUCCCAAUGGUUGUCUCUUCCCGCACGUUGUGUCCGAAAACAAUGCGGCGUAUGGGAGGAUCCUGCUAUCUGAGGCACAGACGACACGCAAUCAUAUACAGAAACGUCCUUCUUCAAUUCCGCUAUCGCAGGUUCUGGCGUCGUUCUUCAUAUACUCCUGCGAGUCGGCGCUAUCUCACCACUCCCUCGCAUUCUACUUUCUCCGCGAAGCAACUACACUCUAUCUGCUUUUAGAUGUGAAUGCGGCUGCGCAACACAGUCUACAACACGUGCUAUCAGACAGACUGUUCUGGAUUCUGUUGGUAUCCGAGCGAAGUCACGCUGUGAGAUACCGAAAACCAGUGACCUUGCAGCUGACCGCGGCUUCGCCUGCUCUUGAUCAAGACUCCGAACUCGCCGGGUUUCGUAACCUCGCCGAACUUUUCCGACCACUCAGCACAUCUUUCAUUGCCGCGCUUAACCAGGAAGAACAUCACCUAGCGAACGUCCCUACUUUUCUGGACCACGUUGAGACCGCCAUCAACCUUGCGAUCGAUCACACGGUGAUUUUCCGGAGUGAGCAGAAGGCAAACCUUCGAGUAACCCAAUUAUGGUUGCGUAUCAUCCUUUGGCAGCUUCGGCUUCGGCUUGGUCAUCUCGCCGAAGAUGCUCUGUCAAAGAGCAUGACCUAUCAGUAUCCGCUUGAAGUUGCCAAAGAACUCACAAUGUCGACGCGUGAUCUACCAAUCGAGAGCAUGAAAAUGCACGGCGUCGGCUUGACGGAAAAGAUCUUUGAUGUUUCGUGUGCAAUGGUCGACGUGCUGGCGCGAGUCCCUUUGUCGGGACCUGAUCGCCAAGCAACCGGUAUCACUCCUGAAGAGAGUCUUCGCUACCUACAGCAACUCAUUGCAACGCUCAUGGGAGGCAAAACGUACGGGUCAUUGUUAUCUAAACACAUCCAUCAAACCUUACCACGUAACAGCCCCUCGGCCGAGCCCAACUAA